CGCCGACCACUGGAGCAUACCGGACCAGCAAAGCAGGUCAAGCCAGACCGAGACACCGUGCAAGGCCCGAUCCCAGCGCAACACCACGACCAUGUCCGGACGGGGAAGAGGACGCGGCAGGGGAAGGGCGCCGACGUCCGGCGCCCGCCUGUUGCUGCAGCGAUCGGCCAAGGAAGCCGGCCUGGACGAGAGAAACCUCCGGAACCUCCAGGACAUUACCAAGCCCCGUCUCUUUCCCGACUACGAGUGGCACUCGAGCGGCAGGAGGGGGCACAACCUGCCCGGGGAGCCGAUAGUCCCGCCGUCCGUGUCCUCCGGCGCCGGGGAUCCCUCCCGGGAGCCAACGGCCGUGGCCACCCCCCGGCGAUCGACGAAAACCAUCCACCUCAUCAACAAGAGCCGGGAGAUCCACGACCGCUUCCAGAAUUCCGCCUUUUACGUGCAGCUCACGCAGGAGGCCGACGUGAUCCGCCACGGGAAGGAACGCCAGCAGCAGCAGCAGCGGGCGGACCUCCUGGUGCUCAAGCAAAUGAGCAAGACGGCGGAUCCGCAGUACGUUCCGCCCGAGCUGCUGAGGGACGACGACCUCGACAACGUCUACGGAUCGGACGACGACACCUUCCGCAAGCGGUCGCUAGACGACCUCGCAGCGGAGGAGCGGGCCGAACGACGCAGGCGAAGGGAGGACGACGGGGACGACGACGGGCAGUUCAGCGACGCCGGUGCGGAUCCGGCGGACGACGAAGACGAGGAGGACGUGGACUAUGCGACGAACCAUUACGAAAGCGAGAACGAGGAGAGCGCCGGUGGGGGCGGGGACGACGAGGCAAUCUUCUAGGCGCUUGCUUCCUUUGCCGGCAACGAAGCAUGCGUGCGAGACGAACGCCGGGGCAGUUUCUCGAUGCCGACAAACGGAACCGUCCGUCGAUUCAGCGAAAAUCCAAUCGAGAGAACAGCAUGAAUUCAUUUUGUCAUCCUGGAGAUCGCUAUAUGGCGGUGUCAAGAGUAUCUCAUAUUCCUAUUGCGAUUGGCACAGCUACUCUUUUUCAUUCGGCCACGUUGCUGUAUGGAAGGCGUACACGAAUCUAAUGAUUACUUACGACCCGAGAAUAUGAACAUUGGAUCGAACGAAUCUACUGCUUCAUGUCGGAAAAAGAACGGUGGUCGAAUCGUCGAGGUUUCUGCAUCCAAGAGUGAAUUUUGAGGACCGAUCGAAAUAUUUGACUCACGCGCAACUCGGGAAGUUUGCACCAAAAGUUUGAGAUGGCGUAUCAACUACGGAGCCUCGUCGAAACGAACACCGGCCGAACAAAAUAAUCCCUCAUCCAAGAAUAAAAAUAAAAGAAACUACUCGUAAACCCAACGGACCCUUUGUAUUCUCAAUUUGCACGCACCUCUACUGUAAGAGGCGGCAAACUAAUGACAACAAACAACAAAGUAACGAUCCAUCCGUAACGAAGACCCUCGGGAUCGAUAUUGUAGGAUUUUGAAACAAACAAGAAUCAAUUGCGUCCGGUAGUCACCGCAUUGGAAGUGCUUCGUGUGCUGCGAUGGCAUUAGUAGAAAGUUACGCAUGGAUCACCAUGUACAACAUUUGGUUGCAACACUGGUUGCAACAUAACCCAAGCAGUCAGUCACCCUUGACAACAUCAUGGAAAACCCGGCAAGAAAAAGGCAUACCAAUGGCAGAAACGCCAGAUCCCGAUCGCCCUUUCGAACACUGAGGGCGUCACCCUGGAUAAGAGGCAAUGGAAUGAGCGGAAAGAUGUUGAACGACAACACUCGAGGUCUCGUAGAAGCCGCCAAGUCCAAUCCAAAAAAAAUGGUGGUGAAACGAAAAGAACCAUUGCCGUUUCGAACCCCACAUCCCGUGUCCAACGGAAGCGGGGUUUCCCCUUGGAGGCACCACACAAAGGGGACACAGGAGGAACCAAAAACGGAACUGCACGAGUCGGAAAUUAGCAUCUUCAAACAGCUCUGCCUCGACAAGCACGACGAGAACGCCGCGAUCGAGAUCUUGCUGGAUUCCACCACAGAAAGCAGCAUACCAGAACUCUAUACGGCGUCGUCCGAAAGCACGGACCAUGGUUCUGGCACGCCAUCGAGGAAGAAGGCUGGUUCGGUGGACGGGAAGAAAAAGUUUUUGGAUCGGUUGUUUUUCAAGUCCUCAAGGAAAUCUUCGAGCCAGUCGGAUUCUUCUGCGGCUUCCGACUUUGUGGACGCUUCCAAGGAAAACAACCUUUCUUGGAGCCACUCGUCUAACCUAAGCGACGAACAGAGCACUCCCACUCCUCCGUCUUCCAUCCCGAGGACCAGAAUCAGCGUCGAAACCGUUUCUGCAUCGCCGGCGAAAGUCUCUUGGACAGGACCGCCGGUGAGAAUACCUAGUGCGAAGGUGAAAGUAGACAAAACAAGAUCGAUUCUGGAUGAUACCCGUGAAGUAGGUGAUACGGUAUCUAACAUUAGUAGUCUUAGCGGAACCAGGGCUAGCAGUCUCGUCACCCCCGUGACUCUGGAUCGUCAUGAAUCAUUGGGUUUCGAGUCAAUCAGGGACAUUCGGAAGUGCUUGCUGGAAGUCGAACGCCAGCUUGGAAAGGCUAGCCAGAAGGGUCAGAGGGUGUCUCGGCAGAAGGUGAUGCGAGCUCUGUUUACCGUUGCGGAUUCUCUCGAGGACGACGAAGAAAAGGAUUACUUGCAGAAAGAAUUGAACACUGCAAUGAAGGUGGAAAGGGAUCCAAAAGUUCAACCAGUCGCACCGGUAGACAAGGCUAAGAAAGCUGACAGCAGCGAUGACGAAAAGUCGGAACUUACAAGCAGUGAUGAUGAAGAUGAGUUCACCCUUGACAGCAAUACAUUCGAAGACGGAGACAGAGGUGAAGACGACGACGAACCCGCAUUUAAUAUUGUGUCCUCGGUUGGCAACUUCUUUGGUGUCAGUACCCGUGACCAACAGACUGUUGAAGAGGUCUUGGACGACUUGCUCUGGACCGAAUUUGUAUCCUCUCGUCAAAAAAACGAAAAAAGUAAGUCGAUGAAUGGUGGUCACUCGCCACCAAUAAUGUCAAGAAAAGGCCGUAAGAAAAAAUCGAAUAAACAAGAGCAUGGCACUAGUCAAAACCAUGGAAGUCGCAACCAGUCGUGGUGGAGGAACCGCCAUUCAGAAGAGGACGACGACUAUUCGAGUUCGUCCUCGGAAGUUGAGGUACCAUCCUAUCUACCCACGAGCAUCACUGUAAAACAGCGGUACAAGAAGCCGAAGAGCUUCGAAAGUACUGUUUCCCGAUCAACUACUUCAAAUCCAAGAUACAAAGUGAAACUUGUAGAUACUGAGAGUCGCAUGGGGUACGAAAUGGACAACGCGCCACGAAGAUCACCUGUACUAUGAGUGCUGGAAUUGCUCAGAAUUCCGAUAUUUCCUUUAUGCUCCAUUAUGGUCCCGUGUUAUAAGAAUGUCCAAUAACUAUACAUAAAAAAGAACUCUUCGAGCUAACGAUUAGAGUAAACAUUACUGCUUGUG